AAUACGGAAAUGGACCGUUUACUGGAGGAAAUGUGAGGCGGCCUCUGGGAGAAAUACAUUUUGAUAUACGUUUGUUAACGUUGUCAAUUCUGCUGUUUCGUGCUGGGGUUUUGGUUUUUUUUCCGUCAUGAGGAUAAAUGAAAAUACUUUACUAGAGGGAGAAAAAGUGGUGUUGGUGCCGUACAAUGCAGACCAUGUGCCCAGAUAUCAUGAAUGGAUGAAGUCUCCUGAGCUGCAGCAGCUAACGGCGUCAGAACCUCUGACUCUGCAACAGGAGUAUGACAUGCAGAGGAGCUGGAGGGAAGACAGUGACAAGUGCACAUUUAUCAUCCUGGAUAAGCAGCAGUGGGCAGACCCCAAGGUGCAGGAAGAGCAAUGCAUGGUGGGAGAUGUCAACAUCUUCCUGACUGACCCCAGUGACCCCUCUUUGGCUGAGAUGGAGAUCAUGAUAGCUGAGCCCAGCUACAGGGGAAAAGGCCUCGGUAAGGAGGUGAUGGGCAUGAUGAUGUGCUAUGGAUUGACCAAACUGGGGAUCGAGAAGUUCGAGGCAAAAAUCGGGCUGGACAACCAAGUCAGCAUCGCCAUGUUCAAGAAACUCAACUUCCAAGAGCUGUCGCUAUGUAAGGUGUUUAAGGAGGUGACCCUGGGAAUGACUGUGGAUGACUCCAUUCAGAAAAGGCUGCUGAGUGACAUGGCCUACAUGAAAGAAAGGGACUAUAAAAAGACCUGCAGCAACAGACAGGAAGGGCUUUCGCAAUGAAGUGCAGUAACGCUGCAAGGACUUUGUGAAGCCGUAUGUACCGAGCACAUCCAGAUGCUCCGGACGCUGGCAAGAUGCUAAAGCAGAGCUGAAGAACUGCUAUUUUAUCUAUGAAUUUAAACAUACAAACGCAUGCACAUACACAUGUAGUUAUUAAACACAAAGUUGUUUGACAUUUGUAAUGUUUCAUAGGUUGUAUGUAUCGCAAUAACAAUCAGUUUUCACAAAAAAACAUUUGAUUUUGGAAACACUUGUGAUUCAAGUGUUUUCAUAGCCUCAUCUUGUGCUGUAAAGUAAUACUAUUUGCUACAUAAAGCCCACAUGGUAAACAA